UUAUUUUUGUUUCUCAUCUCAUACAAAGCAUAAUGUAUAUGAAGAGAAUUUUACUUGUAUUUGCGCUUUCCUCUUUUUGUAAAGGAGAGGAACCGAAUUGUUCCGGCUACCGCUGUGAGGAACUACUAUCAAAAAUAGAUAAACUGGAAUGUAGAUUAGAAUAUACUAGGGAAUUGUUGGAGGAUAAAGAAAAGACGAGAGAUAUAAUCAAUAGAACCUCUAACGAUUGUUUACAAAAGACAUAUGACGUUAAGUAAAAUACACCGAAAGAAAACGAAACAAUAUGUUGUGUUGUUUUCGCAUCAGUUAUUUGACUGACUAGGUGCAAAACAAUGGGGGAAAAGUACGAGAUUACCAACAGUACACCGGAUGAAAGCACAGAGAAAGGGUUUAAAAAAGUUGCUCCCGUUCCGACCCAAGCAUGUGCGCAAUGCCCAGAUACAUGGAUACCAUACAAGGGAUCUUGUUACAUUUUUGUUGCUACAAAAAAUACAUUUAGCCGAUCCGAGUUACACUGCCUUAGCCUUGGUGCUAAUUUAGUACACAUAGAAAAUGAACUAGAAAACGAGUUCAUAAGGAGCCAGCUGCGUACGUUAAAAGAGACAACAUACUGGAUAGGACUGACAGACGCAGGCACAGAGGGAAUAUUUAAUUGGGUUGACGACAAUUCUACUGCUUCGUUCACAGGCUGGGAGAAGGCGCAGCCUGAUAAUAGCGAAGGAAAAGAAGAUUGUGUGCACAUUAGACAUACUUACAGUUAUAACUGGAAUGACGCUCAAUGCACAUCCUCCUAUAACUCCAUCUGCGAGAAGAAAUCCAACGCAUAACGUUCGGAAGAACCAACGCUGAGAUUACAAUUUGAUUAACAGGAACAUACUAAUUCAUGAUAUUACUACUUCUGAUCUUGGAAUGCUUUAGAUAAUACUAUUACUUCGUUUUGUUAAAUAACGGUAAAUGAGAAUGAAAUUUGCAUUUCGAAUUGAAAAAGAAGCUGGUAUAUGUCGUUUAGUAUAUUUAGUUUUCUUGUUACAGCUAAACCUUUGAUAAUUGUACGCCCAGCUAACAUGUGUAGAUGUUUCAUAUCAAAAUUUUAAUUUAACAGCUAACACUACGUUUUAGUAACAUACUUCAUACAAUUCAUUUACAUUUUGUUUCACGAUUGUCUGUAUUCAUACGAAAGGUUCAGGUUCAGGUUACACAUAAUUUAUUCCCAUGCUAUCAUUUUAAUUGAUGUCGUCAAUCCAUGCUUCUUUUGAUUGGCUCUUAACUCUUAAAGGAUGAUAUUUUGUGCAGUUUCUUAUUCUUCACUACUGUAAUUACGAAAAUAUUUUCAAAAAUUGUUUUAUUCGUAGCAGAUUGCAAAAAAAAAAUCUGAUAAAAAGUUAUGUGUUGUU